AUGGCUGUUCUGCUGGUGCUUGCCGUCGCAGUCUUCUUGGGACUGCUGGCGAAGGAAUUCUACUCGUGGUAUCGGCUUUCUCACGUUCCUGGGCCGUUCUGGCACGGAGUCACUGGGUUCUCGAUGGCGCGCGCUGCGUUGAAUGGGUCUGUACAUGAGUAUUACAUGGAACUGAACGAGAAAUACGGCCCCUUGGUUCGUAUUGGGCCCAAUACCGUCAUGUUUAGCGAUGGCGACACUCUGAAAAAGAUUGCCGGCACCCGAAGUAAGUACACCAAGGGUGAGUGGUACGCUGUCGGGCGAACGACCCCGGGGGAGGACCACUUGUUCUCGAUGCGCGAUGAAGAGAAGCGCAAGUAUUUGAAGAGCAAAAUGGGACCCGGUUACUCGGGCCUAGAGAAUGGGGGAUUUGAGGCCGGUAUAGACAAGAACAUUACUGCUUUCGUUGACCUCAUUGAUCGCAAGUACAUCUCUACCGCAAAGGACUUCAGACCCAUGGAUAUGGCCAGCAAAUCGACCUAUUUUGCGUUGGAUGUCAUCAGUGAGCUCGGCUUCGGCACACCGUAUGGCUUCCUCAAAGAAGAUCGAGAUUUGUAUCAGUACGUCGCCACGAAAGACGCCUUCUUUCCUGUCAUGAUUACAAUGGGAAACGUGCCAUGGCUGGCAACGCUUAUGCACAGUUGGCCUCUGAACCUGGGGUUGCCAAAGUCUGGAGACUCUGCUGGGUUCGGCGCGCUCAUGGGAUUUGCCAAAACCUUUGUCGAUGGAAGGUUGGCCCCGGACACGAAGCCGGGCCGGGACAUGAUUCAGUCGUUUAUCAAUGCUGGGCUGACGAGGGAAGAGUUGACACAAGAAGUUUAUGUUGAAACGAUUGCUGGUUCUGAUACCACAGCGACGGCGAUUCGUAUGAUUCUCUUGUCGCUUCUGUCUAAUCCGCAAGCUUUCACAGCCCUCCGAGCCGAGAUUGAUGCCGCCAUCGCCAAGAGAAUGAUUAGCUCCCCGAUCAAAGAUUCCGAGGCCAGAUUCCUGCCGUAUCUCCAAGCUGUGAUACGCGAGGGUCUCCGCCUAUACCCGCCGUCUACCGGCAUUGUCAGCAAGCAAGUCCCGCCAGAAGGGGACGUCAUUCAUGGAUAUAGGCUGCCUGCCGGGACACAGUUGGGGGAGAAUGUGUGCAGCAUAGGCCGAUCCACCGACAUCUUCGGACCCGACGCACAUCUCUUCAGGCCGGAAAGAUGGACCGAGGCGGCUAUGUCCGACGACGAGGGAAGGUAUAAGGCCAUGAUGUCAACGACUGACAUGGUGUUUGGGUAUGGCAAGUUCUACUGCAUGGGGAGGAACAUUGCGUCGAUGGAGUUGAACAAGAUCUUUGUUGAGGUCAGAUAUCUGCUGUAUUUCCAUGUGGUGGAGACCUUUGCUAACGAUUUCGACUACAGCUUCUCCGUAGAUAUGACUUUUCUAUUGUAA